CCAGUAGAGCCCGUGAAGAAAUGAGAUAACCUCUUUCUCCUCCACAGAGAGGACACGGCUGGAUUCAUGGAGAUGGUGCGGCCAGCCCCUCCACCCCCUGCCUCCCUCGCUCACUCACGGUCUCCCGCUGUGCUUGCAGGUGUGGCUGAUGAGGAUGCCCUCGCUGCUGAGUGUGCGCGGAGAGGCCAGAACGCCCUGCCAGCCCAGCCCGCCAGCCUCCGCCCGCCGAAGCCAACCCGGCCUGCCUCGCUGUUCAGACACGCGCCCCACGGUCUCUAUGAGGAGGAGGGCGAGCAGGACCGACCUUGGGUGUCCGGGCCCUGGGACUCCCUCGCGUCCGCAGCAGGAUUCAAAGAAGGUGGCAAGAGGAAGAAGCAGAAGCAGAGAGAGGAGUCGAAGAAGAAGAAGUCAACCAAAGGCAAUCACUAGACCGGACUUGCAGGCUCGCUGCCCCCAGAGCUGGCGCUCCACCGUGCUUGGUGUGCGGCCGUGUGCACGCGCGAGGCAGCAGCGUGGGGUCAGCACUGUUGGCGGCCACACUCGCUCGGCAGGAUUAUGCAAUCACAGAUCAGUCAGAGCAGGGUCAGGAGGCGGGGCUGAUGGCACGGGUGGCGGGCACGGACACUGGGGACGGGGACGCGGCCGUGGCUCUCCCUCUGCCCUCCCAGCACUCGGUCUGCUAGCGUUUUCCUCUAGAGCUUCCGGAUCCUCUUCAUUCUUUUUGGCCAUGCAACCACUCCGCAUGCUGCUGGGGUAUUUGUAGCGUUAGGAGAACAGCCGGGCAGACAGCUGAGCUGAGUGGCUUUCACUAAACGACGCGCUUUCCUGUGGCAGUGUUGUGUUUGGAAUUAGAGGGUAAUUCAGUAGAGUGUGACUUAGAGAAUGUCCUAAGUGACGCACUGAAUCCUGGUGGUCAGGGCAUCUUUUCCUCAGGGCAAUGUGGCCACACGAACAGAAUCAGGAAUCACACCACAUGUAAAAUCAUUCCUCUGUUUCAUCUUUUAAUUUUCAUCUGCAGGUAGUCCAAAUUCAACUUCAAAUAUCGUGUAGGUUUUGCUAGAUUCCAUAUUUUUUUCCUGGGAUCCAUAAUUCUUUUUAGCAAAAGGCUUUUGCUCAGCAGCACCCUCCCUAGCGUUCCUCGGUCAGGGCCGUGCUGGGGAAAACGGCGGGUCAUUACGCAUGCCCAACACCCCCAGAGAUGGCACCAGGAGGUCGGAGCACUGACGCCUCGCAAAGUCACCGCACUCUGACCUGAUGCUGCCCGCUGCCGGCAGCCCUUCGUUUGCAUCGUGUACUGCUGCUUCUCUUUUUAUUGUUACUGAGCACGGAGCGGAAUUUGGGGUUGCCUUGCCUUCUUCCCUGCAUGCACCCCGCCCCCCAACUGUCCUUCCCUUUCCCAUGAGGACCCGCUGUCCCUGUUGCUUUUCCUUUGUCCUUUGGGAUGUGAGGGCACUGUGAGAGGCUUGGGUGUGAUGUAAAGACGCCGGCAGUUUUAAUCAGCGAUGUUGAAGCCGGGAAUUCUUUGGCGCUAUCCACAUAGCAGUGACCCAGGCUUGGGAGCCAGAAGCAAGCUCGAUCUGUGGUUUUAUUUAACACAGCUGUUGCCCAAGAGUUGGCUUUGUUUAUUUGGUUUUGGUGGGGAGUGGAGUGGUAUUUGAUGCUUUCUGCGGACAAUGUAACUCUCAACGCAUCAUGUAUCUUAAGUGCCACCUACGUAAAUAAAACAUGAGCAUACUGAAUACA